CGGUCUCUUCUCCUAAGUCCUUUUGAAUUCUCCUAUCCACUAUCCCUUACCCCCGUGACGUUUCACUCAGAGGUCAAGGAAUAGGAGAUAGAAUUUAGGAGCUGAUUUUUGGAUUAUCGGAACGCAACCCUGGCCUGCCAGUGCAGUGGAGACUUCGAGCAGGUCGUCAUGGAAACGUUAUGUUAGAUGCGUUAAGACUUGAUGACUUAACUGUCAAUAAUAAUCAAUAGGAGAAAGAACAUUACCUUCUGUGAUGGAGUUCCCCCAGCAUUCUCAGCAGCUGCUGUCAGCUCUGCGUUCCCAGCGCCAGCGGGGCUUCCUCUGUGACUGCACCGUCCUGGUGGGCUCAUCCCGUUUCCUGGCUCACAGAGCUGUUUUGGCCUCUUGCUCACCUUUCUUCCACAUGUUCUACUCAGAUCCUCAAGGUGCCCUUGGUGGAAACAGCAGCAGCAGCUCUGUCACACUCGACAGCGACAUUGUCACGGCUGCUGCAUUUGGCUUGCUCUUGGAUUUUGUCUAUGAAGGCGUUCUACAACUGGGCGAGUCUCCACCAGUGGAGGACAUAUUGGCAGCUGCAAGCUUUCUGCAUAUGAAUGAGGUUGUAAGAGUCUGCAAGAAACGACUGCAGCGACGGGGUCCUCUGGCUGAGGCUGACAGCACUCGCUCUGAAGAAAGCACUGGAGCGAGAAGGGCAAUAGAGACAGGGAGGGAGGGUGGGGGGGACGGUGGAGCUGAGCCAGUGGUGGCCAUGGCAGGAGAUCUCUUGGAUCCAGUGGCAGCACCAUACUUACCAGUGUGUAUAAUGACAGAGAGGCGUCAAUCUGUAAAGUCUGAGAGUAGGACUGGGGCGGGGUCUUCAGAAGCACGAGUUCAGACUCCUCUGAGCCCUGACAUCGCUGAUACUACACAGCCAGGCAUGGAUGCAUCUCCUCUGGCCCCCACCAGAGAACUGAUUCAGGGCCUCAUAACAGGCCGGUCUGCCCAGGGAGGUCACUCCAGGUCAGGGUCCGGAGGUCAUGGUGACGGGUCUGCACUCUGCAGCCCUUGCAGCACCACUGAGACAUACAGCAACAGCAAUAACCAGCAGCCCUCCUCGUCUUCUUCCUCCGUGGUGCCAGUGAGCCAGGCUAGCAGUCGGUCAGUGGUUGCUUAUUCCCAGUCAGGACCCGGUUUCUCCACCAGCCUCCUACAGGACGAUCACCGACUGGCAUGUGAUGUCUCUGUAAGGAAACCCUCAGAGGCUGACUACAGGAAUACAUCAGGCAGAGGACAACAGAUGGUCAAUUUAAUCCAAACAUCAGCCCUAACGGCACGCAACCCAACACACUCGCCGACACAGCGUACACUCCCCCAAAUUCGAAUCCAGAACACUAUGUCGCUUCAACGCCAAAGCUUGGACUUCCACCUGGCUACUCGGACACAAACCCUUAGAGGAUCUGAGGGGAAUAUGGGAGCUUCACCCCCCACUACAAAUGAAAGAUCUCACCCUCUUAUGGGCAGAAUGAGGACAGACAACAAUGAUGGAGAGAAUGUGAACAUAAAAGUGGAGGCCAUUGUUAUAUCUGAUGAAGAGUUAGAGGAGGGAGCGGAACCAGUUAUGGAAGUAGACGAUGAGUAUGAGGAAGAAGAGGAGCUGCACAGCCCUCAGUUUCUCUCCUCCCAUCCACAGGGCCUCUCACAAAUGGCUUCUCAUUCAAAUGACUACUCCUUUCCCCUCUCUCCCUCCUCUUCUUCCUCUGGUGCCGGCCCUUCCUCGCAGGACACUUCCUCCUUCCCCUUGGUUCCUCCAUCCACAGCCCAGCAGCAUUCGGAGCAUCCUGCCUACUUCCAGGACUUCCAGGACACUAUGGGGAACUUUGUGGAGGACGUCCCCACAUGUGGAGUGUGUGGAAAGACGUUCUCAUGUACAUACACAUUAAGGCGCCACGCCAUUGUGCACACACGGGAGCGUCCUUAUGAGUGUCGCUACUGCUACCGGAGCUACACACAAUCAGGGGACCUGUACAGACACAUACGCAAAGCUCACGACAACUCACUGCCAGCCAAACGCAGCAAGGCCGACAUGGACCCCUCCCUGCCACCACAACCACCACUACCACCACCUCUUAGUUAACACACACACACACCUUAUUGUAUUUCUAUACUCAUGCACACAUACCUUAACCUUAAUAUCAUAACUUUUAUUCUACAUUUCUCGAUUACUCUCUAAUCAAUUACCUGAUUGGUCUAUAAUAAUAAAUAUUGUGAAAAACAUGCAAAAUAAUAUUUAUAUCUGGCUUGACAUUGCCACACCCAAAUUGAAAUUCGGUCCAUUCCAGUUCAUUCAACACGUUCAGCUUAAAAAAUGUUCAGCGGCAGCCAUCUCUUGCCCGCUCCUCUUUACUGACUUUGGCCCAAUAUUAGAUUAAAUGCUGUAAUUGGCCGGCAGAUCUGAAGUUGCGGGAAAUCUAUCCACAUCAGAGCAAAUAAAACAUUGUUACUUCGUUUUUGUAGGUACAUUUUUUUAUCAAAAACAUAAAAGUUGUUAGAAUAUUCAGAAGCUGUGACUCCCUACUUUAAAGGUGGGGUAGGUAAGUUUGAGAAACCGGCUCGAGAUACACUUUUUGUUAUAUUCCAUGGAAUGCUCUUAACAUCCCGAUAGCAAUGAAUAUAUUAAGUGCUUUGACAAAAAAUCCAUAAAAAAAUGUCAUCUGUGGAAGCCCUCCUGUAAAAAGCACGACCAAUCAUCUGAGCCGGCCCGGCUAAAGUAACUGGAUGGUCUACCUGCCUGUCAGCCUUCCAUCUGUGCACAAACUUAUCUCGUGCCCUCAUUGGUCAUGUGCGCGUUCGUGUGUGUUGGAGGAGGGGCUCUGUAAGGAAGUGGCAGAUUUUUCCAGCUGUGUAUUUUCAAAUUCUAGAGCACUCGAGCUGGUUUCUCCAAAAUUACCUACCCCGCCUUUAAGUGUUUGCUAUUUCAACUCAAAACACAAAUACGAGAAAGCUGUUUUUAAUUUCAUUAGUUACAUGAGUUGUAAUGUGUACGACUGCCUUGUAAGUGUGUGACUCUACCAGCAAAGUGUAUUGUAGCAUUGUAUUGUCGGUACCAUUUUACAAUAAGACUACCCUUAUAAAGGGUUUACGAAUAGUUUGUAAUUCAUUUAUUAGGUUGUGAACACUUUAUAAAUCAUUAAUAAGCUUUUAUAAGACAUGAGAUGAGAACUGUGAAGACCACUGAGACAAAUGUAACAUUUGUGAUAUUGGGCUAUAUAAAUAAACAUUGAUUGAUUGAUGAGAUAAACAGAGUAACUGUGACCGGUU